AUGAAGGCUCUCGUUCUCACUCCUUCGACAAAAAAUGUCUCUGUUCAGGAGCUCCCCGUGCCCAAGCCUCGCGAUGGCGAAGUCCUCAUCCGCGUUCAUGCUGUGGCGCUUAACCCCAUAGAUUCUAUAUAUGUGGUCCAUCCAAUUGCCGAGCAAGAGCAUCGCGUUAUUGGGACCGACUUUGCCGGAGUAAUUACCGCAGUUGGGCCUGAUCUAAGUUCCUCAACCGACCUUCGUGCUAGAAUUGGUGGCCGCGUUGCAGGCUUUCAUCAAGGUGCUUGCUCUACCAAUGAUCGACCGGGAGCGUUUGCCGAGUACAUCACUGCUCCAUAUGAUCUUCUGUGGUCAGUGCCUGAUAGCAUGUCGCUCGCAGAUGCCUCAGCCAUCAGCAUGUGCGGAUUGACCGCGGCACAAGGAGUCUACUCGCGUCUCGGCCUUCCAUGUCCCUUUGAUGACCAAACUAGACACUUAACAAACAAUGGAAGUGACAUCACCAAUGUGCUCAUCUAUAGUGCAUCAACCUCUUUUGGCCUAUACGCUGCUCAGCUCGUUCAGCAUGCGGCUCGCACUUCUGGCCGCAAGAUACGUCUCAUUGGGACUGCAAGCCCUUCGAAGCAUGAUUUGCUCCUCGAAGCACCUUAUAGUUACGAUAUAUUGGUUGACUACCACGAUCCUAGAUGGGUUGAUAAGGUGAAAAAAGCUACAGAGGGCAAGGGUAUUGACUUUGCGGUGGACACCAUAUCGGAGGGACAAACUGUGUAUAGCGUCCACGACACCCUAGCUGCAAACGCAAAAAUGGCUGUGUUCCGUGGACCCAAGGGAGGCCAAUAUGAUCCAUCCGAAUUACGCAUCAAGCCCAUCUAUGGAGCCGUAUGGGAGGGACUGGGCUAUGAAAUCGGAUAUAACGGGGCAACAAUUCCUGCUAAUCCCGCUGCACGUGUGUUUGCCACAAAGUUCUUCAAUUUCUUAAGCACAGCUGCAGCCGAUGGAAAAGUGAAACUGGAGCCGAAUCCCGUGCGACUCAUGCCAGGGGGACUAGAGAGAAUUGUGCCAGACGGUUUCACACUUUUGGGUAGCGGACUUGUGUCGAAGAGGCCGGAUACAAGCCGCACAGAGGACUACAUGCGACCUAUUAGCGGAGAAAAGAUUGUAUAUAGAAUCUCAGGCGAGACCUAA